AUGGUGGACCAAGCAGAGGGUUAUGUGAAUGUUGGAUUUAGGGGAAAGGAUCUGUACAAUAAGCUGGACGCCACACGUAGGGAAAUUAUGUUUGAGGGCGACACUAGAGCUGCUCUUGCAUGCUUGAAUGGCAAAGGUGAUAGGGAUCAGAGGUUCUUCUGCAAAUUUAGUGCUGAUGAGGAGAACUGCUUGUGCAACCUUUUUUGGAGAGACUCCACAACCUUGAUUAAGUAUGGUUGUUUUGGAGAUGUGUUUUUAUUCGACAACACAUACAACACAAAUUGUUAUGAGAAGCCGCUGGUUCUGUUUGUCGGAUGUAGCAACCACCUCACCAGCGUUGUUUUUGGAUGUGCUCUAUUGAUGGACGAGAAUAUUAAGUCAUAUACAUGGGUGUUAGGGACCUUCCUGUCAUCCAUGGAUGGGAAGAAACCAAAAUCAGUCCUAGCUAAUGGUGAUCAGGCAAUGUGA